AUCUACCAUCCAGUCAUGAACCCAUGGAAGUUGAUCUGGACAACAAUACAAUCCAACCAAUCCAGCCUGUGAACAUCAGACUGCCCACAUAUAGCCGCCAGUCUAGCCCUUCUCCAUUGAGAUUGUCCAGACAUAAUGCAGAGGAACAGCCGCACUUUGGUACUUCACCACUGAGGACCCUAAGGGAUCGUGCGAGUAGGCCAUAUCCUACAAGGAGGCAAGUUAAGAGAACCAACCCACCCCAUCUACAGACACUGCAUAGAAGUGCCCCACAACUGACUAGUGUCCAGUCGAAGAUGACAAAAUCACCUACUAAGCCUGCACAAAAGACAUCCAUUCCACAGUCACAGAUUCCAUCACCAUAUGUUACCCGAUCCAGUAUUCAGUGCCCCUCUCCUCUUGUGAACCUGCAGCAGAAUCCUAAAUAUCUGACAAGGUCUCAGGUAAAAUUAGGGAAGCAGAGAAAGGAUGAUCAUUGUGUACUUCAUGGAAAGCUUGUUCUGAGGAAAGAAAAGCCCAAGGCUCCAAACUUCCAGUCCACUCCUAAGAUACCAAGAUCUCAGCUGGUCAACAAACUGGUUUCUCAAGCAACAGAUGCAAAACCAAAGCAAAGUCUCUCCAAACUACUUGCCCAAUCCAAAUGCAGAACUCCCAAAAGGGGCAAAAACUCUUCCAACACACAUGAUCUCUCCACUGGGGCUAAGAGAUGUAUAACAACUGACAACUCUCCAGCCAAGAGCAAAAGGGGCAAAUCAAGUGCAGCCAAGAGCAAAAGAGGCAAAUCAAAUGCAACCAAAAUUAAGUGUGAACUAAAGGAUGCAGACAUCAAGAAGACCAAGCAAGGUGGAAUAAUGACAAGGAUGAGAAAUUUAGCAUCAAGCAUCCAGCAGAGGUUCUCUAAGAAAAGAAAGCAAGGUCAACAGGAUUUGGAUACAGCAAACUCUUCCACUUGUGAUGCUCCACUUGAAGUUGUAGAUUCUGAGCAGAAAAGAGUACGUUUUGCAGGGACUACUGAAGCAAUGGACACUUCAUUGCCUGUUACCUGUUUUGGGAGCUACAAAGUAAAAAUAACAAAAAAGCCUCUCAAAUCAGAUGGAAAACAAACCAAAAAGGUCACCAUAGCCUUUCCAAGGAAAUCCAAACAGCUGGAUACAAAGAGCACUAUCUCCAGGGCAAAUCCUAUGACCUCAACCCAACAGAAGUCCACAUCAGUUAAAACCACUGCCUACUGUUGUGAAACCAAAGAACACACAAUGGAUGCCAAUGUAUCUGCUCCUGGAGAGAAGUCUUCUCAAACCACAGCUGAUUUAAUAUCUGAUAGACCCGUGUCUCCAACUGCCAACAUAAAGUCUACACUACCACAGUCAUCAAAGAAAACAAAAUCCACACCAGCACCAACGUCAACACCAAAAGAAGGACUGGUAUCAGUGACCACAAACCUGAAGACCCCUAGCAAGGCAGCAAUGAAAAGAUCCAAUAACUUCAAAAUACUGUCUCCUUCCCCAAUGAUUUCACUUCCAAAUGCUACCUCUCAGACAUCAACAGAAGCACUGGGGACAUCACCUAAAGUAUCAACAAUAAGAAAAGGGGAGCCAAUGUCAAUUUCAUCACCACCAUCAAAGGAUUUCGAGUCAACAACAACCCUGCCAUCAAUGUCUGCAGAAGAGUGUUCAAAGUUCACAGCAGAAACAUCAUUAUGUUCAAAACAGACAGCAUCAACAUCAUCCAAAGAAGCAAUUUCUUUACUACCUGUAAAUCGAGGAGUAGUGCCUUCAACAGAACUCCAAGUCCAAGACAUUGCAACCACAAAGCCACAAUCAGCAGGAAACGUGGCAGAAAAUUCAUCUGAGAUGUCUUUGUCCACCAGAGCAUCACUGUUAACUUCCUCUUUGGAGAUGUUGCAACCAGUUCCAACUAUGGCAGGUGCAAAUAUUUCAUCAUCAACAACAGUAGCAUCAAAGCCAGUGCCUCCAGAGCUCCUAGCCUUAAACCUUAUGCCUUCACAAUCAAUGGUUUCAGCACAACCUGACCAAGGUUCUUCAGCAACUGUGCCUCUUGCUGUUUCACCAUCAGAUUUUCACCAAGCAGAGUCUUAUCUUCAGAAAACUGAUUCACAAGGAAAACAUCCAGCAAUGAAUCCAGUAAAUCAGUGCCAGAUUAUAGACCCAUCAACUAAACAUCAGGCUAUCAAAGAUAUAGGAAAAGACCUGCCACAAAUAUCCACUCAGCUCCCUGUUAUUUCAUCAGCAUCAGCCAUGUCUACUACUCAGCAGCAGAUAGACUUCACAGUGAAAAAUGUGCAAAAUGUUGAUCCAGUCUUCAGGGGCCUGUUUACCCAAGCAGCUUCAACUUCAGUUUUACAUCCUGUAUCCUCCUCUUUACCUACAAUGAUUGCAUCUUGUCACAUGAACAACUAUAUGGCUGGAACCAAUGGAAUCAUGCCAUCAGCUUUAACACAGAGGAUGACUUACACAACUCCAGCUGAAAAUGUAAUGUCUACCAUGGCCGAACCAUCAUUCAACAAACCAUCAUGCCUCUAUGAGGGUGCAGCAUUCACUAGACUUAACCCAUCCAUGGCAAUUCAGGAAUUGACCAGGCCUCUGUCCAUCAUGAUCCCAGAUUACAAUCCCACGUACAGAAUGAACAACUAUAACUCUUCACUCUACAAACACUUUGGUACUUUCCACAGUAGCUACAUCCAGUAUGGAACUGCUAAUCCAGUGAUGACACAAACAGCACUGCCAAGGUUUCAACAAGAACAACCAAAUAUUUCAACAUGGUAUUCCAAUCUACAGUCAUGUCCAGAGGACUUGUUAAUGCAAAGAAAGGUUCAUGAGGAAAGGGCUUUUGGACCUCCAGAUCUGAUGUGCCAUGAAACUCUUGAAGACAACGAUGAAGUAUGCCAGGCCACAAGGAAAGAAUUGAUGACACAGACUGCUCUAUCCAUACCAAGUGAAAUUAGUCUUCCUGUGUUGUCAAUGGAUGACCUUGUUGAUGGAGGAAUAGCACUGUCCAGUUCCUCAAGUAAAGCCGCUUCUUCUCAGGAAACCAGUGGUAUUGUUAAAGAAUGGAGUGCCUCCAGCCAUCUUGAUUCAUCCAAGGAUCAGACUCUCUCAUCUUUGUGUAGUCAACCCUCAGUCUCCCAAUUGCAGAGGAAGCCAACUCAGCAUGGAAAGAAGACAAAAUUGGUGAUUCCCAGUAUUCGCAGCAACCAAACUGAGACAAACCUUAACAUGGACAUGUGCUCAAUAGAGGGAUUACUACAAGUGCCAAAGUCAAAGAAAAGACUCUUCACUGAUGAUGCUACAUGGCCAGAAAGAAAAAGGCAGAGGACUUCACCUAGAAAGCUUCCACAAUCAACCAGUAUAAAAAGGGCCCCUAGUCCCCAGCCAGCCUGGACGGAGAAUUGUUCCGAUUGCAUUCAUGUAGAGAGAAUCCUAGGGGAUAGACCAUACACUCUUCUGAAUAAUGUCAACAGUCUCGUAUUUUCCAGCAAAUCCACCAAAGAAAUCAUCAACGAGUACUAUGAUUCUCCCAUUUUCUAUCGAUCCAGAGGAAAGCCACACCUAGUUGCAAGAGAUCUUGUGUGGCGUCUCUUCAGUGUAUUAGAACUGUAUGGAAAUCGCUUCAACACUCUGGAUUCUUCUAUCACUGAUGCUAUUCAUCUAAGUGUUCUGGACAAAACCCAGUGUAGUGAACAGACUUGGAGAAGAAAAUGCAUCUCUUUUGUCAACCGCUCCAUUCAGCAUUUCUUCCGUGUUCAUUUUCGCAGGUUUGAGGCCUAUCUCAAACACCGGUGUGAUCCUAGUCUAUGUUAAAAAACAGAAGUGACAAUGUUUGAGUCAGUGUAGAAAGACUUGUC